AUUUGUCAUUUUAUCAUUACAGCUUGUGAAUUUGUAGUGCAUCAUGGAUCAUCACUUGCUUGAAGAUGGUGGAACUGGAAAAAAGAUGGGGCUAGCAAGAUUGGCAAAAUCCUGUAGUUCUUCCAGCAGUAUGAAUAGUUUAAGUGGUGUUGAGAAGAUGAAGAAUAAAAAUGAUAAUAAUGAUGUCCAGGAAGACAGAAAACCUGAAGAGUUUAGCAUGGACUUCCAUCACUCAUCUCCUGGUAGUAGGGUGGUAGUCAAGCAGAGUGGAACUGUCACUCUUUUACCCAGUAAGGUUAAUGUGGUAUCCUACAGUGGGUAUCAGUCAUGUGAAAAUGUGAACACACGUACUAGCAUAAAUGAGAAUUUAUGUUCUUUUGAAUCAGUUGGUCAAUCAUUACCUAGCGGUGAUCCAGAUUUUCAGUUGACACCAAAAGAGAAUACUACAAGUUGUGUGACACUGCAAUCAGUGGAAGGUGAUACUGGACAUCAUUCUCACUUGCCGCCACAAAUCAAGAGAUCUAAUUCAUUGACACGUCUUUCAGAAGUUAUAAAUCAAAUACAUAACCUUUGUAUGUUUCCAGCUCAGCCUAUUCCUGCGAAGGAAAAGUCCAGUGAAAGUAACUACAAGACUUCAAAGUCAUUAACUGCUUCUGCUUCUGUAAAGGAGCAGUAUGAGCCAGAAGGAUCUUUACUCCAGCAUUGUCGCUCAGCUUCUCUAGACGAGUUAACCAGCACCCAAAUAGUACCUGGACUGCCAUCGCUUUUACCUGCUGAUUUAAAAAGAAGGAAUUACCUUUUUGGAGGUCUUGGAAAUGGAAGUCUUCUUGGGGGAAAGGAACUGGACCGAUAUUUUCCAAAUAGGAAUUUUACAUUAUUUAUUGCUACGUGGAAUAUGAACGGAAAGGAACCACCAGUUAAUCUAGAGGAAUUUUUACUCCCUGAAGCAAUGGAACGAGUACCUGACUUUUUUGUAAUUGGUACUCAAGAAUCUGGAGGGAGCCGAUCUGAAUGGGAAGUUCGUUUACAGGCUACAAUUGGUCCUUCACAUGUCCUUUUUACUUCAGCUGUUUUUGGUGUCUUACAUUUAAUUGUAUUUAUGAGGAGGGAUCUCUUGUGGUUCUGCUCAGUCCCAGAGGAAGAUACAUACAGUCUACGGCCUGGUAUUGCUUAUAAGACCAAGGGAGGCGUUGCUAUUGGUUUUCAGUUUUUUGGAACGAGAAUGUUAUUCAUUAAUUCCCAUUUAACUGCACAUGAAGAGAAACAAGCAUUGCGCAUCCAGAAUUUCCGAAACAUUUGUCAUUCUCUCGAGCUCCCACGGCUUUUGCCUCAAAAGCAUAAGCAUAAAGAUGUGACACAUCGAUAUGACUGUGUAUUUUGGCUGGGAGACUUGAACUUUCGUCUUGCUGUUGAUCGAGAUUAUGUUCUAGGGAAGCUGAAGAAACCUGGAAAUGAUACGUACCAACAUCUUUUGCAGUGGGAUCAACUUUCUCAAGCUCGGAACAGAGGUGAAGCAUUUAGUGAAUUUGAAGAAGGACCAAUUACUUUUGCUCCUACUUUUAAAUAUGAUCCUGGUACCGAUCAUUAUGACACAUCCUCCAAACAACGGGUGCCUUCAUAUACAGAUAGAAUUCUAUUUAAGAGUAGCCGUGGGUCAGUCAAGUGUUGUAGUUAUGAUGCAUGUCCGUUAUUUAGGACUUCUGAUCACAAGCCUGUCUCUGGUAUGUUCCAGUGCCAAAUCAGACCAGGGAAAGAUGAUGUUCCAUUUGCUGCUGGAAUCUUCAACAGAGAUGUGUAUCUUGAAGCAAUCAGACGUCGGAAACAGUUCAUGCGUCAGCCAGCAUUAAGAAACUGCCCUGUUCAAUAAGUAAUGCACGUACAAGCUUUGCAGUUUUCUUGAUUGUAUAUACAUAACAUAGUCAUAUAUGAACAGUUAAGUGUUGCACGAACAAUAUAGUGAUAUACGGAUCAUAAAUUUCCUUAUACUUAUAUGUGUAUAUAAUUUUAAAUCACGGAGAUAAAAAAAAAUUAUGAUUAUAUGAACAAAGUUACAGCCACGAAGGAAAAUUGAAACACUGGAGAUGCUAAGUACAUUUGUCUUAUUAUUAAGACAUGGUCACAGCAACUAAAGAUAUACAGAAGCAAGGGCAUAUUAUAUAUGAUGGGUACAAGUCAUAAGUGAAUACAAAAAGGUCGGGAGGUCACGAAGCAGUCAGCAAAUUUAAAUCGAAAUCUACUUAUUGGCAAUCCUCUUCAUUCUAUCUUUCAAUUCCUCCCGGGACAUAUGCCUUAUCACCUGGUCAAAAGGAAAUAAUCUUUGACUUGCAUUAAAGCUUUUCACCCAGGUUAAAUGGAUCAAAACGGAUUCUCACAAGUUCCUUGAAAUAGUUUCGAUACAAUGUGACAAUAUUUGGCUUUGCGUCCAAUGUAUUCUAUGGGACUUUCCACUUAACUGUAAAAAUAAAGCAUUAUUCGUCUGACCUGUUCUUACUGAGUAUUUGUGUUCAAUGCUCUACUGGUCUGACCUAAGUAAAAUAAAUCACAUACAUGGAAUUUGGUAUACAAUAUUGCUAUAUUUUCGCGGGUUAUUUUUUUUAAGCAUGUGUUUUACGUUAUUAUAUGUGAAAGAUACAUUUGUAUCAAACAAUUUAAAAACAGGUGUGGCAAACAAUGGGUGUUUGAGGGUUCUUAUUUUUCCGAUUUGUCAUAGCUCUAUUGUUAUCAAAUAUCCAUGAUAUGUGAUGGAUAGCACAAAGCUGUUCCUAUUUUUCUGAUGUUUUUGAAAUCUUGGUAUAAAAAAUGAGGACUGACUUUUCGCAAGGCUCGAAGAAACAUUGAUGAAAAAACUGACAUAUUUAUGUUUAUAUGAUGUCUUGAAUAAUAGUAUGCAUAUGUCAAAUUAUUUGUCUUUUUCCUAUCAAUACUAAAUUUACAAUUAAAAGGUUCCAUUGUAAUAUAAAUGUCCAAAAAAUGUAAACAAUCAUUUUUCUCUAACUCAAAUGUAAAUUUAAUUGAAGGGAGCUAAUAUAUUAUUUACAUCCAAAUCUUUGGGUAUGAUGGCUAAAAUAUCAUCAACAUAAUGGUACCAUGUCACAAGAAAAUGGGAAAUCUUGAGGAUGUAGGGGCGUUAAAAAUUGUCAUAUAUAAAUUUGAAAGAACGGGCGAAAGAGGGUUCCCCAUUGCCAUACCAAACGUUUGUUUAAAAUAUGCCCCGUUGAAAAUAAAUUCACAAUCACAUAUGCACAAUUUUAUUAAUUCUAUGACCUGGUUAAUUGUUAGUAGCAAAUCAAGUUGAUGAAAUUCAUCUUUAAGGUAUUCCAAUACCGAGUCAAUGGGAACUUUAGUGAAUAAAGAACAUACAUCAAAACUUAUUACCGUGAAUCUGGAUUGAUUGUAAUGCCUUUGAUUUUGUCAGUCAGAUCUAAAAAUCAAUAAGAUGACCAGAAAUAAUUCCUAGCAAUGGUGACAAUAAUUUUGUUAGAUAUUUUGAAAGGGGACUUUUUAAUUGUAAAUUUGCUAUAUAUAUAAGAAAAAGACAAAUAAUUUGGCAUAUGUACACUAUUAUUCAGGACAUCAUUCACAUAUCAAAAUGUCAGUUUUUUCAUCAAUGUUUCUUCGAGCUUUGCGAAAAGUCAGUCUUGAGUUUUUAGAUCAAGAAUUCAAAAACAUCAGAAAAAUAGGAACAGAUUUCUGCUAUCCGUCCCAUAUCAUGGAUAUUUGUUACAGUAAAGCUAUUAAGACCUAUUAAAACUUGGAAAGAAAAAAAGAAGUGCCCUCAAACACCCUUUGUUUGCCACAUUUUAUUGGAUUUGAAGCUGUAAAAAAAUUUUUCAAAUCGGUUAGUACAACUGUAUCUUUCACAUAUAAUAACGUAAAAAAACACGCUUAUAAAAAAUAGCCCCCGAAAGGAAGCAAUAUUGUAUACAAACUUCCAUGUAUGGAUUACAAUUUGUUUUACUUAGAGCAGACCAGUAGAGAAUUAAGCAACAGAUUAAAACAACACAAAUACUCAGUAAGAACAGGUCAGACGAAUAGUGCUCUAUUUUCACAUUUAAGUGAAAAGUCUCAAAGAAUACAUUGGACGUAAAGCCAAAUAUUGUCACGUUGUAACGAAACUAUUUCAAGUAACUUGUUAGAAUCUGUUUUGAUUUAGAUAAACCUGUGUGAAUAAUUUUAAUGUAAGUCAAAGAUUAUUUCCUUUUGACCUGGUAAUAAAACAUGUUCCAGAAGGAAUUGAAAGAUAGAAUAAAAAGGAUUACCAAUAAGUAGAUUUCGAUUUCAAUCUGUUGACCGCUCUGUGACCCUCCGACCUUUUUGUAUUCCCUUUUGUCUUGUGCCCACCAUAUAUGCCCUUGCUUCUGUAUGACCAUGUCUUAAUGGUAAGACCAAAGUACUUAGCACCUCCAGUGUUUCAACUUUCCUUCGUGGCUGUAACUGUGUUCAUGUGUGUGUGUUUUAUUUAUUAGUGAAGGAUAGUUGUCAAUGAUUGACUAAUUUUUUUUUCACAGAAGAUCUUUCUUUGGUUGUGUAGGUUAAAAAUGAGGCUAUAAAAAAUCCCUCAUUGGUCACUGCAUUCAAAGAUCUGUACAUGAGGCAUAAUCAGAUACCAUGGCUGACAGUAACUGCUUAAAUUUGUCAUGUCGCAACAAUUAUUCACAGAAAUCUAAUAAUAAGUACCACAUAAACAUGCAAGUGAUUUUUAACAUGCUAAUACCUUAUGUAUCUAAUUAACCAGUGUUCAUAAAUUGUACUUCAAACUGCCAGCAAGUGCAAUGAAUCAGUUGAAAUUAAUAGAAGCCUAUAGUAACGAAAAAGUGUGAAAAUAACUGUAUCAUUAUAAUUACGAGAAUUGCAGGAUAUUUCUCAGGCAGCGAUGCAAGAAAUAGUCCAAAUUGAACACAUUUUCAGAACUUUCAUUUUCUUUUAUAGCUGAACCCUUAAUUGCAUAUGCAUGAUGGCAGUGAUAGUUUUGAAUCACAAGGCCUUGAAAGUAAGUGAAAUGCAGAUAUCUGUGUUCAUAGACUAUUUCAAGCAAAGCACUCUCAUUGUCUCAGUUUUAGGCAGACAGAGAAGAACAAUUCUUCUGGCAAAUGAGAGAUCAUUAGCAAAGAUAGAUGGUAGGGCUCAGAACUCCAAACAGUAAUGAAAAAAGCUCGUCAAACUUGGUAUAUGAAAAUUAUAGAUCAGGUAAAGAACUUGCAAGUAGUAAGGGGCUGGAGAGACUGCUCCUCAUGUGGGUAAAUCAGACCUGACCACGUGAUAUGAUUGUAGGGCCUGUUACCAGAGGUGGGAUGGAGGUAGUAAGGUGUUCCAGAGGCAGGUGGUCCUUCCCAGAGGGAUGCGGCUCAACGCUGCACUCCAUUUGUAUGAUCUUUGUUAAAGAAAAAAAAACCUGAAUAUGCCUUUCAUAGUAUGAGCUUCAACAAUAUCUGUCUACACCUUGACGCAGAGCUUCAGUUAUAGGAUACUGAGGUCAUGAGCUUUUCCACAAGCAAGAGAACCAGAUCUCAUACACUGUGGAGGUGGUUACCUUAGAGAUGUCGCCACAUCUUGAUGACGUCACAGGAGCAUGACGUGUAUAUAUUGUAUAUAAAUAAUGUCCUGAUAACUAAAAUAGUGAAUAUAUGAAAGCAAAAAUGUUGAUUUUCUGGUGAAUUUGUAUUUUGUCGUGUGUCUAAUUAAAACAUCAAGAAAAGGAAUUUUGUUGUCUGUUUCCCAUUCAACUUUGAAUACAUAUUUACUGUACACAGAAAACUAACAUUUUCACAUUCAAUAUAUUCACUAUUUUAGUUAUCAUGACAUUUCUAACGAGAUUGCCGUAGCCAGCAAUUUAUUCUUAAAAACCUUGGGGAUGCGCUCCCCAGAUUUCCUGGAAAAGGAAAUUGAAAUGACCCGUAAGCAGCCGUCAUCUUUAAAGUACCCUGUCCAUAGAUAUAUAUAUAUAUAUAUAUAUAUA